GCAAAACAUGAAUAAAGUUUUUGUGCUUACGUUGUAUUAUUAAAGGUAAAGGUGUAAUUAUUUCAAUUUGCCUACUACGUAAAGUACUUACUAACCCCCAUAAAUUGAAGUUUUUAAAUAUUGUCUUGAAAUAACUUAUUACAUACUAUUACAAUCUGGGUUACUACUGAUUAGUUUAUGACAUAAUUUUUAUUACAAAGUUAUUAUUGGUAGCACUUGAAGGUUUAUUAACCUUAGGCCUUAUUUAGUUAUGAUAAAAUGUAUUAUACGCGUGUUCGCCUUUAAUAUUUUUAUCAUUACUAAAUAUGAUUUCGAUGUAUAAGCAAGAUAGCAAAGUAGCACGUAAACAUGUGCCAGUUUAAUAUUUUAUUUAUAUUUCUUUUUGGCAUAACAUUUAAUAAUGCUGCAAGAAUUCUGGGUAUAUUUCCUACUCCGGCCAUCAGUCAUCAAGGUGCAUUUCGACCCAUCAUACAUGAACUUGCAAGACGUGGACACCAAGUUACAGUUCUUACUACGGACCCAGCGUUCCCUAAAGACAAACCACUCCCAAACUUAACAGAAAUUGACGUCCAUGAACUGUCGUAUGCUGAUAAAGAUAAAUGGCUUGAAAAAUCUAAAAAUUCAAAAGAUGGUUUCCUCAAAGAGCUUAAGGACAGAUUUGAAAGAAUAACUGUUUUGGUGGAAACGCAGAUUCAAGUACCCGAAUUCAAGAAGUUGUAUAAGCAGAAGUUUGAUUUGUUGUUGGUGGAAUCUUACGUUCGUCCACUGUUGGGAUUAAGUCACGUGUUUAAAGUACCGGUUAUCCAAAUCAGCUCUUUGGGAGUUGGCCCUUCUGUUUAUAGUUCCUUUGGAGCACCAUAUCAUCCACUUUUAUACCAUUCAUUGGUUUCUCAAAAGCUCUACAACCUUACGCUCUUCGAAAAAGCACAAGAGCUGUUCAAGAAUUAUUUCGUUGAAUACAUAGUUGCACAAACCGAGGAGUUUGAUUAUGAAAUGAUGAGACGAAAUUUCGGUGAAGAUGUGCCAAAUUUUAAGGAACUACAGAAAAAUGUACAGUUAUUACUGUUGAAUGAACGUCCCAUUUGGGCGAAUAAUCGUCCAGUGCCACCAAACAUAAUAUUUGUUGGAGGUAUUCAUCAACCAAAGGAGCAGGAGUUUUCAAAGGAGCUAAAACAAAUCUUGGAUUCUUCAAUAAAUGGUGUUAUCUAUGUCAGUUUUGGUACAAGUGUAAAAGCCUCCGUGCUUCCGCCAGAAAGAAUUGAAGCCAUGACAAAAGUGCUGUCUCACUUACCUUAUGAUGUUCUGUGGAAGUGGGACAAGGAUGACAUACCUGGAAAAGGAGAAAAUAUUAAACUUUACAAAUGGUUCCCACAGCCUUCUCUUCUUAAACAUCCAAAAAUCAAGCUUUUUAUCACCCAAGGAGGUUUACAAUCGACGGACGAAGCGAUUAAUGCAGCUGUACCCGUUCUGGGGAUACCGAUGCUUGGUGAUCAGUGGUACAACGUGGAGAAAUAUGUACAUCACAAAAUUGGCCUUCAGCUCGAUAUUUAUCAGCUGACAGAGGACAACUUUAGGAAUGCAAUUGAAAGACUUCUUGGGGAUAAGAGUUACAAAGAGAACAUAGUAAAAUUACGUUCUCUUAUGAGAGAGCAUCCCGUAGGACCGUUGGAACUCGCCAUGUGGUGGAUUGAGCAUGUACUUAAGUAUGGUGGAAGUCAUUUAAAAUCACCAGCCACUGGCAUGUCACUAAUGGAAUACUACGAAGUACCACUGCUAUUAGCCGUAACUGCUAUUUUAAUCGCUGCUAUAACUGUGAUGUUACUAACUGCUAUUUUUGUUUGUAGGAUGGUUAAUUGUUUCUUUAAAUCUAGAGUAACAAAGAAAAAAUAAAGUAAACUGAUCUAUUGUAAAGUUUUUAUUCAUAAAACUAUUUAAGUUAAUAAAUAACUCGCUGGUUUUAUUAUGUUAUUCUCAAUCAUUCUAUCAAAGCCUGGAUUAAGGAAAUGAUUUUAUAGCAAAUCCA